AUGGAAACGGGAAGUCAGAGCUCAUCGGCUGACCUUUCAGAUGAUCUAAUCAUGGAAAUUCUCACACUCCUACCUCCAGAGUCUAUCGUAAGAUUCAGGUGCGUAAGCAAGUCAUGGUGUGAUUUGAUCGAUCUUAAUUUUCUUAAAUUACUCGUAACGAAAAAAGAACCCGUAAAUCAUCAAGAUUACAGCGUAGAAUUGAAAUCGUUGAUAGAGUCUGAUGAGGAUGCUGUUGAUUACAUGUACCCAUUCCAGAAUCCCUGUGGAGAUGGGAGUAUUGAAAUUGUUGGUAGUUGUAAUGGUUUGAUUUGUGCAUGUCAUGCUGGUUGUGUUUUCUACGUUUGGAAUCCAUAUACUGCAGAGUACAAAGUGAUAUUGUCAAUGGAAUCCCCUUUGGGUUUUCUAACCAAAGACUCCAAUAGACGCAUGGGUUAUGGUUGUUCCGAUAUAAACAUCGGUUAUGGGUUUGGUUAUGAUUCUAAAUCUUGUAGUUACAAGUUUGUGUCGAUUUUUAGUGAGCCAGAUACGGAUUUAUCUGAAGUUCAGAUGUAUAGGUUAGGUUCAGGUUUAUGGAAAUCGUUUGAUUCUUGCAUUGCUUAUCAAUUUUCUAGAGAAGAGCCUGGGGUGUUUCUAGAUGGAGCUCUCCACUGGUUAGUAAGUUCGCAUAUGGGUAACGACGAGUCUCAACCGCGAGUUUUAAUUUCUAUGGAUAUGGAAGACGGGGUAUUCAAAGAAAUUGCGCAGCCUGAGCAUAUGGAUGAUUUUGAUUAUACAUUUGUUGGUGGGCUGAGAGGUUGCCUUUGCUUGCUGUGUAGUGUUUCUAAUGCUAAAUUUGAGAUAUGGCAGAUGAAAGAUUAUGGAGUGGGAGAGAGUUGGUCUAAAGUGUUCAAAACUGACUAUGCAGAGCUUAUGACAAUGGGUAUUCGAUCCUUUCGAUACAUAAGGAGACUUGUAUCUUUGAGAAAUGGAGAAAUCUUUUUUGAGGCGUGUGAUCAGCAUGGGGUGGUUGAUGUUGUGAGAACCCACUUGGAUGAAAAGGAAAGAUGUCAAAAUAGUGGAGGAGGAUACAAGUACAUGAAGAAUAUCUUGCAGAUGGAGGCUUAUGUGGCGAGUCUAGUUUCAGUUAAAUCGGGUACGUUUGUAGGGGAUGAGCUAAAAAAUUACCCCCGCAGGUUGAGACGUCCGGGUUGA